CGAGGUCUGGGCGGAGGGCUGGCUGGCAGCGGCUGGGGCCGCGAGCGGGGACCGCGGCGUUGAGGUGCUAGCAGACGCGGGCGGCGGCGAGUCCGGAGCCCCCGGGCCGGAGCCGAGCUAACCGCAGUGGGGACCGGGGCCCAGAGCCGCGGCGGCUGCGGCCGGAGGACGAUGGCAGCGCCCCCCGGGGCCGGGGCCGGGGCACUGAUUGCAUCCCCAGACCGCAGGCGCUGGCUGUGGUCGGUGCUUGCGGUGGCGCUCGGACUCUUGACUGCUGGUGUAUCGGCCCUGGAGGUGUAUACACCAAAAGAAAUCUUCGUGGCAAAUGGGACACAAGGGAAGCUGACAUGCAAGUUCAAGUCUACUAACACGACCGGCACGUUGACCUCAGUCUCCUGGAGCUUCCAGCCAGAGGGGACUGACACCACUGUGUCGUUUUUCCACUACUCCCAAGGGCAAGUGUAUGCCGGGAAUUAUCCACCAUUUAAGGACAGAAUCAGCUGGGCUGGAGACCUCGACAAGAAAGAUGCAUCAAUCAACAUAGAAAAUAUGCAGUUUAUACACAAUGGCACCUACAUCUGUGAUGUCAAAAAUCCUCCUGACAUUGUUGUCCAGCCAGGACACAUUAGGCUUUAUGUUGUAGAGAAAGAGAUUUUGCCCGCGUUUCCAGUUUGGGUGGUGGUGGGUAUAGUUACUGCUGUGGUCCUAGGUCUCACUUUGGUCAUCACCGUGAUUCUGGCUGUCCUCUAUAGAAGGAAAAACUCUAAACGGGAUUACACCGGCUGCAAUACAUCAGAAAAUGUGUCACCGGUUAAGCAGGCUCCACGGAAGUCCCCCUCCGACACAGAGGGUCUAGUAAAGAGCCUGCCUUCUGGAUCUCACCAGGGCCCAGUCAUAUAUGCGCAGCUAGACCACUCUGGCGGACAUCACAGCGACAAGAUUAACAAGUCAGAGUCUGUGGUGUACGCGGACAUCCGGAAAAAUUGAGAUGACCCCAGUCAUAUCCUAAGCAAGAAACAAAUCCAAACUGGACUCUUGUGUGGGAAAUGUAGCUCGUAACCAUGUGUGGCCUUGGAAACCUGGACACGGACAAGCACAUGUUUAUUCAUAGAGGGGGAAAAAGUGUAUAAAGGAUAUGUAUAAAUAUUCUAUUUAAUCUUCCUGAUGUGAGGAGCCAGUAUUGCAUGAUGAAGAGAUGGUAUGAUUCUACGUAUACGUAAAUUGUCUGUUUUUGUACUUCCCUUCAGGGUCAUUUACAGUUGAGAAAAUUCAGACACAUUCCUAUCACCAUCAUUUAGAUGUGGUUUGCCUUAAUGGAGAUGGUAGCAGAUCUUUUAGUAUUCUAAUAGACAUGGCCUUUUCAUGUAAGGGCUUAACCCGCCUUCGUGUUUAUUGUACUUGGAGAGUGGAGAUGCUAUGAUGGAAGCAUGUUCAGGGUGGCCUUUAGCCCAGGGUGUACCACCUGUUUGGCAGUUGUUUUUAGAAAGCAUCCAUUCGCUAUGCCACUUGGGGACAGUGUGAGUUUUUGUUGCUAUUUUGCUCUCUAAAAUACAGGGCAGUUUUUAGCUUUCAGUGUUGUGUAGACUAUAACAUCACACCCUGUAAGCAUAUUGUCUCAAUCUGUGGAUUCAUCAUAGCAAGAUUAGCAAAGGAUCAGUGCCGGAAGUCACUUUCUUCCAGGUACUUUUAGAUCAAUACCAUAAUCAAUACAUAAUUGAAGUAGAGAACCCAGGCCUGGCUUGAGGAAUACUGUACCAUUUGGAGAGCAAAAGGUGUGUUACAUUCUUUGCUGAAGUCCUUCGUACUUGUAAUAAGAGUCCCCAUACACCUGAAGGAGCUGAGUUUCAUUUCCUUUUAAGUAGGCAGAAAUGGAAUAAUUAGAUUGCCAGUCUUCAGUAUCGCAGAGCUCUCUCUAGAGAAUCUUCUACAUAAAGCUUCAGGGAUGCUUCCAGCAGGGGCAGCAUCAGUCAUGGCUUCUAUAAUAGAUUCAUGAUGCCUCCAAGGCCUUUGAGGCUAAAAAGGGUCUGGAUUUUUAAAAUCAGCAAACAAGGCUAGUACUUCUAUGUUGGGAAUCUCUUCUGUUUCUGGUUUUUUGUUCUUUGUUUCUCCCUUCCUUUUUUUUCCCCCACCCCCAUUACAUGGAGUUGAUAAACAAUGAGAUGAGGAGAAAUCUAGACAAUUUGGGCAUCCUUCUCAAUUUAUUUUCUCCCUUUGACCACUGCCCCCAACACCCCAUCUCAAACCUAUGUGUUUUUUUAACUCAGACUGAAAAGCAUGGUGAAAAUCAUUAAACACUUAUAUUGUCAUUCCCCCAUUUUCUGGAUUUUUUUUAAAAAGAAUUUUUUUCAUUUAAAAUUGAAAGCCCACAGUUAGAGGAAGAAUACCGACAAUAGGGUCCCAGGACGUGUUCAGGUAAGUAGGGAUGACGGGUAAUGUUAGUUUUUCUCUCAUUUACUUUGAGGACCCCUAAGAGCUGCCAUCCCCCGCUCCCCCAUCUUGUCAUCUUUGUGAGGGAGUUUGAAGGCUGAGUUUUAAGGAAACAAAGAAGGAUUUAGAUUUAAAGGUGUGCACGAAGUAGUUACAUAGAGAAAAGGUGUGUGAGCUACAAAACGAACUCUGCCCCAUACAUGCGGUCUUUUAUUUGCUGAGGGACUAUUUGUUGUUAUUCGCAUGAUGCUCCAACUUACAUUCCGUUGAUAUGUACGUGAGCGGGGAGCGGGCUUUGUCAUCACACAUACCGGCCAUCUCCGAAGCUGGUGCGUCUGGCGUGUGUUGCGGCGUGGGAGGAGAACCUGCCGGCUCUGCUGCAUCUCCCUGUUCUGUGCUCACAGGCCCCGCGCAGAACAGGGAUGCGGAGCACUCAACCCGAGACAGUUCUGCAAAGUGGUCAACUUUGCCUUGCGCCCUGAGGCGUCUCUGCCUCCACGGUGAAAACUCCAGGAGCCUUUAGGAGACAUUUUUGUGUGUUGGGAAGGUGGGGGUUGGUGUUGGGAUGUCACCCUUCAGGCUGAUGCCAGGAUGACGAUACUCUUGGUGAGCCCUCCCACUGUGAGAAGUGUACAUCCAGGACUUCAGGGGGAAAGAAAACACGUUGUGGUGAGACCAAGUGUGUGCACUGAUAUGUGUAACGUCCUUACAGUCGUUUUUGGCAGAGAAAGGGGGGUCCUCCUCAUCCUUUCACAAAGGUCCAGCGAGUCUACUAUACGUAUAUUCCUCACACCUCCUGAUAGCAAGAGCCCUGAUUUCUCUGCAUGUUUGUGAAGCUGCCACCCAGAGCACCAGCCCUCACUUUCGCUAAACACAGCCGUGGGCCUUCCCUCCCCGUGGCCUCCUCUGCGGGGCAAGGGUGGUCAGCUGCCAGCUUCUUACUCUGGGUCUGUGACUGAUUUGUCUGAGGGAAGCCGCUCACACCUGGGUGGAGCACCUCAGUGUUGGGGCUUUUUCCAAAACUUCUCACACCAACUCCUGUGGAUCUUUUGACCCUUUCUCCUGUGUCCCAUCAUCCUCAUCCUCAUCCCUGGACACAGAUGACAACAGCAGGGUUGCUUCCAAAUGGCAGGGCUGUCCUUUCCAUGUCUGAUUAUUGGCAGAAUGAACCUCUUAAAACUACACAUGAUUUUUCUAAGGGGGCACCUAGAGGAUUACUUGAGAUUAAAAUUUCAAUCUAUCUGUAAUUUUUCAAUGGAAAUGUAUUCAACUAGGUAAAAAAAAAACCAAGUUCAUUAAUUUUUCUUUUUCAAUUGUUGUAUUUUUGUGAAUAUUUUAAUACAUCUUUUUCAAUUA